UCACCCAGACUGCGAGCGGAGCAAAGACCCUCCGGGGUCCCCGGGCUGUCGGUGAAAUGACACUUCAUCAGCCCUUAUUAUCAUGUGACUUUUGACCUUAGUCAUGUGACGGAGUGGACCGAUCCCAGCGAGCAACAUGUGAUCCCUUAAUGUUACCUGAGACCCUCCGAAAUUUAAAUAGGGAAAAUAUAAAGCAGCUUUUUUCCCGACUGUUCACCUUGCCAGGCUGACACGGGUUGUAAUAACAUGUUCCUCAUUUCAGUGACACUACUUCACAGCAAGGCGAGCUGAACAGAUCGGCAGCGAGGAUACUGAUUCGAGGAUUGGAGGCUAACGCUACCAAAGAAGCUCAAGGUAAACUAAACAGGGAUAGAGUGCAAGAAAAGGAAGAACAGUUGAUGGAAGAAAGGAAAAAAAGAAAAGACGACAAAAAGAAAAAGGAAGCCGCUUUGAAGAAGGCAAUUGAACAAAAAAAUAAAGUGCCAGAACCAACCAAGACCAGUCAAAGCCAGCCUCAGCCUGCCAACCCCAACAGCGGCACUUCCACAACCAGCAACAGUAGCAAUGCCAAGCGUGUCCCAGCCAACACUCAGCAGCAAGCCUUGUCUCGCUAUCCACCUCGUGAAGUACCGCCGCGCUUUCGACACCAGGAACAAAAGCAACUGCUGAAAAGAGGCCAGCAACUACCAACAGCUGAGACCACAUCACCAGUACUCAGUAAUUUGUCUGGAGGCAGUGCUGUUACUCUACACCCGGUAACCAACGGGCAGCUGCAAAACAGCAGCAAAACUCAGACAGGCAUGCCUCCCAUUCGGGAUUUGGUCAGCCACUCCCCUAACCAGUCAGAUUUGAACCACAGUGGUUUGGGAUCGCAUUAUGAAAACUCUCACUGGGGACCCGUCUCUACCAAUGGUGACUCUUCUACAAAUUGGGAUAAAGUUAUUGUAGACGGGUCUGACAAAGAAGCCUGGCCUUCAAUCACUGGCAGUGAUCCGGAGUUAGCUUCAGAAUGUAUGGACGUUGACUCUGCUUCAAGCUCUGGGUCUGAGAAGAACCUCAAUAUCAUGGCUUCGGGAAGUACGGAUGGUGAUAGCAACAGAACAAGCAGUGGAAACGGUUCUUCAAGUCAGUUUGUGGUUGGAAAUGUCGGCAAUAAUGUAGGAAAUGGAAGUAUUAACGGGCCUUGGGGUGGACCUCGAGGCCCUUUGUCAAGCACAUGUCAAGUUUCAGCAGAAAACGGAGAUGGCAAACCAGAAAGUGACCAUGGUAAACUGAAUGCUUGGGGCAGCAUAGGUUCCACAUCAACUACCAACCUGCGUGGUUGGCCUGUUGUAGAAAAUGAUGGAAAUGCUGUGCAAGGACCUAUGCCAGGUAGUAAUUCUGGCAACAAUGUUCAACGUAGCACUGUAGGUCAAAUCCUAAAUAAUCAGAGUGUUAAUAUGGAACUGUCAGUUCAUGGUUCUUGGGAAGGUAUGCAGGAGAAUUCAGAUGCAGAAGUUAAUGGUACAAGGAACAUUUCAUUCAGUGGUCAACCUCAAAAUCUUAACACUGAGAUGAAUGGACCAAAUAACACUACUAACCCUUUGACCUCUAGCUUACCAAACUCUACUAGUUCGAUGCAGACAAGUGAACUGCCUAAACUUACAGGGCCUGGGGCCUGGGGUGUAUCCUUAGGAAUGAGCACAGUAAACCCAUCUCAGCUUCAGGCCACUUCAGUUACAAAUGGCACUUGCGUUUCUAAACCAGGCAAUGGAGGAAUUGGCGAAGGAAUGAACAGUGGGACUAAUGGUACUACUUGGGGUACAUCUGGCACUAACUACUCUGGAGAAAAAUGUCCAGGCUUAAGCAGUAAUUUGGGACAAACUUGUGGCGACACUGUGAACGCAACUCUAGCACAAUCCGCUGUCAAUGGAUCUGGGAGUACUGCCUACAGAAGUAAUGGUGGAAGCAAUAGAGGGGGAGUUGCUUGGGAAUCUGGUGUGGUCAACACCCAUAAUAUGAGUUGGGGGGCAGGGAAUAAUACAGGCUCCGGGGGAACUAGAAGAGUCUGGGGAAACUUGGCACCGAACGCAAACACUGGCACUAAUGUCUCAAAUGGGGAAUGGAGUAAACUGCCUAACAAUCAGCAUUCCAAUAAUGGUCUAAAUGGAAGUUGUAACAGGAAGGGAACAAAUGGAUGGAAAAGUCUAGAUGAUGCUCUUUGUGGUCAAAAUCAGAAUUCUACAUGUCAGCCAAGUGAACAGAACAAUAUGUGGGUUAGAACUCCAUCAACUUCAGGUACAGCGGACAGUGAAGGGAGCACAGAGAGCACAGGGAGUCGACAUGAUAGAAUGAGUGUAGGAAGUGGUGAUGGCAAUAACAGACGUGGUGAAAAAAGGAAACCUGAUCAACCUGGAGUGGUCCAAAGUAUUCUGACUAGAACUGACUUGGACCCACGUGUCCUUUCCAAUACAGGUUGGGGGCAGACUCCAAUCAAACAAAACACUGCCUGGGAUAUUGAACCUUCAGCAAAGAGUGAGAAAAAAACUGACAAUGGAACAGAAGCCUGGGGAGGUUGUGUUUCUCAAACUUCUAACUCAGGGGGGUGGGGGGAUGGGCCUGGCCCUAUCAGUAAUGAUACCUCACCAGUGUCUGGAUGGGGCGAUCCAAAGUCUGCUACAGUCUCUUGCAACACAGGGUGGGGAGACACCAAAGGCUCGAGCAGUCAAGGGGGUUGGGAGAAUAAUUCUGCUGCUACAGGAUUGGUUAAGAGUAAUCAAACAUGGGGAGGUAAUAAAGAAGACAAGUCAGCUGCAUGGAAUGAUGCACAAAAGGUUAAGCAAGGAUGGGUUGAUGGGCAGAAAUCAAACCAAGGUUGGGGAAUUUCUGGAGCUGAUGGAUGGGGAGAAAAUUCAAGGAAUAGCCAGUGGGGGGAUUCCCAGAAGAGUAGUUCAGCCAACUGGGACAAUGAUGGUGAUAGAUCUGGGUGGAAUGAAUCUGGGAGACCAGGAACAGGCCGAAGCACUUGGGCAAGUAGCAACAGUUCAAACCCCAAUGGUACUUCAGGCUGGGGUGAGCCUGCCAAACCGAAUAGCUCUGCAGACUGGACUAAGCAGCAGGACAGUAAUGGCUCUUGGGGAGCUGCACCACCACCUAAUAAAUCCUCUGGCUCUGGCUGGCUCAAUGGCCCAAUGCCAGCUCCGCCAAAAGAGGAAGAACCUACGGGCUGGGAGGAACCCUCUCCAGAGUCUAUUCGCCGCAAAAUGGAAAUUGACGAUGGCACCGCUGCCUGGGGUGACCCGAGCAAGUAUAACUACAAAGGUGUGAAUAUGUGGAACAAAAACACACACAGUAGUGGCAACAACUCUGAGCAGCCAGCGCAGGUUCAGCCCUCGCCAGCACUGCAGCAGACGCCGUCACAACAGUUGCCGCAGCAAAUGCCACCGCCAAGUGCCAUGCAAAACAAAGAAAACAGUGGCUCUGGUUGGGGAGACCCUUGCAAUGUUCAGACAAACUCUGAAUCCUCUUGGGGAGAGCCACCAGCUCUAACUGCAACAGUGGACAAUGGAACCGCAGCCUGGGGUCAACCCAUGGACACAGGAACCAGCUGGAGAGAGCCAGUUAGUGACAAUGCUGGUACCUCUGGAUGGGGUAACACCCCAGCUGCCCCACCACCUCCAAAUAGACCUGUGCCCAAACCUAUGCAAGAUGGCUGGGGUGAUGAGGAAGCAUCAGUGCCAGGAACUCGUCACUCUAGCUGGGAGGAUGAAGAAGGAGAAUCUGUGAUGUGGAACAGCAACAUCUCACAGGAUAACACCACCUCUUCAAACUGGACAUCAAAAAAGAUAGCUCAAAAGGGCAUGAUGAAAGGAGGAAGCAAACAAGAUGAUAUGUGGAUGAAUCAAUUAAUGAAGCAAUUCUCUAACAUUGGAUUUCCUAGGGAGUCUGCUGAAGAAACCAAGAGCAAUAAGACGGACAUACCUGUUGGUAUGUUAAGAGAUAAAAGAAUGGAAAUGGACAAGCACAGCAUGAACAUUGGUGAAUACAAUGGCAUUAUAGGCAAAGGACAUGCUUCUCGUCCUCAGAUUUCCAAAGAGUCUUCCAUGGAACGCAAUCCUUACUACGAUAAGCUGUCUUUGUCUCUGUCCAAUCAAGAUGGCAUUAUAGCAGAAGAGCCCCAAAACAUAUCGUACAUGUCCACACCAAGCGUGAAGCUUCCCCUUUCAAACAGUGCACUACCUAAUCAGGCCUUUGGCUCAAUGGGGCUGGGCAUUCAAAACUUGAAUUCUGUUAGACAGAAUGGCAAUCCUAACAUAUUUGGCGGCAGCAAUGCAGCAGCACAAGCCAGGGGCAUGCAACAGCCUCCAGCACAACCUCUUAACUCAUCUCAGCCUAAUCUCCGCGCUCAAGUGCCUCCUCCAUUGUUAUCCCCUCAGGUUCCAGCAUCAUUACUGAAGUAUGCAACAGCUAAUGGGAGCCUAAACACUGCACUAUUAAAUUUUGGCCCCCAGCAGGUAGCCAUGCUGAACCAGCUCUCUCAGUUGAACCAGCUGUCUCAACUUUCACAGAUCUCCCAGCUACAGCGACUGCUGCUUCAGCAACAGAAGGCACAGAAUCAGAGGAACGUGCCUGGACCCAUGCGUCAGUCUCAAGAACAGGCUGCUCGUGUGCUCAACAUGCAACAGAUGCUGCAACACCCCCGUCAACUGGAAACAAGCCUCCUGAAGCAGCAGCCUCCGCCGCAGCAUCAGCCCUCCAUGAAGCCCUUCCCGGAGAACCUCAUGCCCCCCACCCCUCACGAGCUGCAAGCGAAAGAGCCGUCUUCGCUCAACUCAUACAGCAGCUACCCUUUAGGUGGGUUUCCACAACCCAGUCAAUCUGAUCCCGCAGUGUCACAAGCUGCUCACCUUUCCCCAAUGCCCUCUCAGUAUCCUAUACCUAAAAUGUUUCUUCCUGACAACAGUCCUAACCACAACCUCCUCAGCCCUCCACUGUGUAAUGCAAACAACCACAUACCAAGCUCACCCAUCCAUCAACAUGCAGGAAGGAAGCCUGUCACUCAAGAAAGGUCUUUGUCAAGAGGCUUGAAUCCAAACUUGAAUGUACCCCUGGAUUUCGGCAGUAUUGUUAACCUGAAAGAGCCGCAAUCCCAACAAUCCCGACUGAAGCAAUGGACUGCCUCAGAGAACCUUCCUGUUAAUUCCUCUCUAGAUCAAAACUCCAGCAAACAUGGUGCUACUUCAAGUGGUCUUAGUAUUUGUUCUGGCAAGUUGCUUGAAGAACCUCCUUUUGGUCACUUUGACAUUUCCAUGAACUCUCUGGCCAGUCCUCCUGGAUCUAUUGGAGAUGGCUGGCCAAGUGCCAAAUCACCCAGUGAUAAGCUGUCUAGCAAUGUUAAUUGGCCGCCAGAGUUUCGGCCUGGUGAGCCUUGGAAAGGUUAUCAGAACAUUGACCCAGAAACUGACCCUUACGUCACUCCUGGCAGUGUGAUGACAAGUCUAUCAAUCUCUACUGCCCGGGAUCUUGACCUCCUCAGGGACAGGAACAAUGGGUCGUCCUCAUCUAUGAACACCACGCUGCCUUCAACUAGUGCCUGGUCCCUUGUUGGUGCCUCCAGCUACAACAGUUCCCUUAGCAGUACAGCACAAAGCACUCCAGCCAGAAUUGGUGACCCCAAAUCCACUUGGUCUCCUGGUCCAGUUACCAACGCUUCCCUUGCUCAUGAGCUGUGGAAAGUCCCCCUGCCACCCAAAAACACUACUGCUCCAUCCCGUCCACCACCAGGGUUGACCAAUCAGAAGCCUUCGUCCUCAUGGGGAAAUAGCUCGCUGCGUGUGGGUGGAGGAUGGGGGACUUCAGAGUCCAGAUACAAUCCUGGUCCAAGCUGGGGCGACAUCAGCUCAGGGAGAAUAACCAAUUGGCUUGUUCUCAAGAACCUCACGCCUCAGAUUGAUGGCUCUACUUUGCGUACACUGUGUAUGCAGCACGGUCCACUAAUAACAUUCCACCUUAACCUACCCCAUGGAAACGCUUUGGUCUGUUACAGUUCAAAGGAAGAGGCAGCCAAGGCACAGAAAUCUCUACACAUGUGUGUUUUAGGGAACACUACCAUUCUUGCUGAGUUUGCCAGUGAAGACGAGAUUAAUCGCUUCUUUGCACAAGGCCAGUCGCUGACCCCCUCUCUGGGCUGGCAAUCUCUGGGAUCCAGCCAGAACCGUAUCGCAUCCAUUGACAGUUCCCACCCAUUCUCAAAUCGCAAUGAUCUCAAUCACUGGAAUGGUGCUGGGUUGUCAGGAACAGGUAGUGGAGACCUCCACGGCACUUCACUCUGGGGCACCCCCAAUUAUUCCACAAGCCUCUGGGGAACCCCAAGCAGCAAUGACACGCGGGGAAUCGGCAGCCCCUCCCCUAUCAAUGCUUUCCUCCCUGUUGACCACCUUGGAAGUGGAGAGUCCAUCUGAACUUUACUCAUGACUCGAACUGUGACCUCUACAUGAAAAGCAGCACUAAUAGGACUUUUCACCUACAGCGUGAGAGAAAUGGGGAGAAAAGGGGUCACCUGUGGAAAUGUUCCGUUCUGCACCUUUAUUUCCACUUUCUUUUAGCCCAGAACAUAUCAGUUUUAAUACUUGAAUCAUGCAGGCCAAUAGUUAAAAAUGUGAAAAAGUAUAUAUUUAUACUUCCAGAUAGUGCUAUCCAUUUAAAAAGAAAAAACUGCUUCAAAUGAGCUAGUUUGUGUGCACUCAUCAUGUUUGUUCCUUAAAUUCCAAAACUUUGAGUUAGCUGAUGGGAGUGUGAGCUGUUAAUCUGCACUGAGUACUGUCUCCCUGUCCGAUUGGCAAUAGGGCGGGGUGGGGGGGAGAGGGUAGUUCAAGUGUAAAUGUUUACUCAAGGAUGUUCUUUUAGCAAGGAAAAAAAUGGACAAAGUGUGCUCUUUAAUAUGCCUUGACACGUACUUACCUUAAUGUGGUAUUGUAGAGCAAGGUUGUUAUCAUACUGACUUUGCAAUUUCAAAAAGUAUUGCACCAAUCUGUUUCUUUUGAAAACGUUUUAAUAUGAUAAAAUGAAAACCUAAAGAAUUUAAUCUCUACAGUGUGACACUGUGGGCAGCAGCUGUGACUUGCAACCCCACCCUGCAAGCCAGGAGGGUACAGCACUUUCAAUAGAGCUUUCAUUUUUUUUUGGAGGUGCCCUGGUCGUGCCCUCUUGUUUACAGACUUUCGAGGGGAAAUGUUUACUCUUCCAUCAUUCAUAAAAAUGAAAAAAAGGAAAAAAAUUAAAAAUAUUUUAAAAAAAAAAUUGCAGAUGAAGAUGUUCUAUCUCUGGGAAUAUUGAACAGUGUUUUGACCAUGUUCUUUUUUUUUCUAUUCCUCUAUAUCCUGAAACGAGAGAGAGCAUGGUUCUCAGGAAAUAGUUCCCCCCUCCCCGCCUCCGACACAGUAGAAACUCCUGGUAGAUUUGUGUAGGAAACCCCCAACUUUAGCACUGAAUUAAACUGCUCUGUAAAAGUUACCUUUUUUUGCCAAGUUAAACUGCUUCAAGCUGGAGUUUCCAGUCAUUGCUUUGAAAUUGCUGUCUUUUUAUAGUGAGUGAAGGUGACAUGUUGUAGUAUAUAUACUUUAUUUUUUCCCUCCUUUAUAUUCCCAUUAUUGAGUGGCUAAAUGUAUUUUGCUAUUGUGACUGUGUCCAAUGACUGUUGUACUUAAAAAGAGAAACCGGCUGAGAUCUGUAACUAUGCAUACUGUAACCAGCUCUGGUUUACAGAAUCAUAUCGUUCAUCUGUAAGAGGGUGUUUUUAAUGUAAAAGUUUGCAUAUGAGUCCUACAGAAAACAAAUUACACUUUUUUUUUGUUUUAUUGCCACUAAAUGUAUUCAUUUGUGCUUGUACGGAGAGCAGAUAAACCAGGACACAAUUUUAACACUGCAGACAAUGCCACCAUUUCAUUGCCUUCAUUAUAACUGUCUGUUGGAAGAUGCAAACAAGUCAGUGGCUUUUUAACUGUUUACAAAUAGAAUGUGAUUGUAAAAUGUAUAAUUUGGUUGUGUUGAAUUAUGAAGUUACUUCAAAUAUUAAUAAAUCAUGACUUUUUUGGCUGCUCA